CACCGCGCGCGCACACACACACACGCACACACCAGCAUCGCGACUAUUCAAGCCGAACGAUGACAUUCACACAGAGACGACACACAAUAACAGUUAUUUGACAACUUCCGACACCCCGCACCUUCACCUCGCCGGUCCUAGCUGCAAGAGCCCCCGGUCUAACUGUCUGUCCCGACCUCCUCCCAGCACAUCAGGCCCUCCAGUCCUACAGCGGGACCAUGAUGCUCAGCAGCUCCGUGGAGGUGCCCAGCCCUGGCGGGAUGAGCGGCCUCGGCGGGCUGAGCGCAGCGGCCCGGAACGUGGUGCGCUCCUCUAGCAUCUCGGGGGCCAUGUACAACCUGGAGAAGAGUCCCGGCAGCGGAGGCCCUGACACCACGUCUUUGGCCGGUAACAAGAAGCGGCGCUCCAGUCUGGGCGCCAAGAUGGUGGCCAUCGUGGGGUUGUCGCAGUGGAGCAAGAGCACGCAGCAGCUCCACCAGCAAGAAGGUGGGACGAAGAAGCUCCGCAGCACCAUCCGACGGAGCACGGAGACCGGCAUCGCCGUGGAGAUGAGGAACCGAGUGACACGGCAGGGCAGCAAGGAAUCAACCGACGGCAGCACCAACUCCAACAGCUCUGACGGAACGUUUGUCUUCCCUACCACGCGCCUGGGGCCCGAGAGUCAGUUCAGUGACUUCCUGGAUGGACUCGGCCCCGCUCAGAUCGUAGGCCGGCAAACGCUAGCUACACCCCCCAUGGGGGAUGUCCAUGUAGGCAUGGUGGACAGAGGAGGGCAGCUGGAGGUGGAGGUCAACCAGGCCAGAGGGUUGAUCCCUAAACCCGGCUCCAAGAACAUCCCAACAACAUAUGUAAAGGUGUAUGUCCUGGAGAAUGGAGUGUGCUUAGCCAAGAAGAAAACCAAAGUAGUGAAGAAGAAUCUGGACCCCACCUACCAGCAGGCUCUGUUGUUUGAUGAGAGUCCUCAGGGCAAGGUCCUACAGGUAAUAGUCUGGGGGGAUUACGGGCGUAUGGACCACAAGUGCUUCAUGGGAAUGGCCCAGAUCCUCCUGGAGGACUUGGACCUGUCGGCCACAGUCAGUGGCUGGUACAAGCUUUUCCCUACCUCCUCCUUGGCAGACCCCAGCAUCGGACCCCUCACCAGACGCCUCUCCCAGUCCUCCCUGGAGAGCGCCACCAGCCCCUCAUGCACCUAGACACCCCAGUAUAACCCUCCCCACAUGCACGGGCACAGGCAGAGUCAUGCAGACACGGCCACACGUACUGUAUACACACAACUACUGUAUUUGAAGUGCAAGACAGGUAGGCAUACACGCAUAUACCCAUCUGCACAUAAUAACUGAUCUCAUCAAGACAAACACACACACUCACACGCUGACAUUCCACUUUUUGCCAUAUUCUCCACAUUGUCAGUAUUCUUAGUUGAACAAAACUAAUUUACCAGAAACAUGUAGCAUUGUUUCACCCAUGACAUUUCAACAUUUCUCACAACAUGACACGACAAACCACCGGACGACAUGUUCUGCAUUCCAACGUACCAGAUCUCCGUGGCAUGACUCAUCCCAGGGCCACCCCGAUGCCAGUUUCUAAACUCUCUAUGCCAAACUUAAGAAAAAAUAACCUUUAUUUUUUAAAACCAAAGCAAUUGUUAUUGUUGUUAUUCCUAUAAGUAGUAGGUGAAGUAGUAUACAAUAUAAAGUAUGGAUAUGUAGCAGAGUCUAUGACUUAGAUGUAAUGCAAAAAAAAAGAAGAUACAUUCUACACACAUGAGCUGAGAAGGGCAGGUCACACACAUAAGCAUACCUGGGCAGCAGGCUUGGAUGUUCACAUAAUGGCUAUUAUGUGAGGUAGCAACACUGCUAUUCUAUAAUUUUCACAGGGCAGAGUUUAUAUACAGACAUACAUUAUAUAUAAAUAGAUAGAUAAAUACUUAUUUGUGUUUACGUACGUAUCGGCUGCAUUCUGCAUGUUUGCUUGCAACCCUCGUAGAGACAUUUUAAAAGUGCUUGACUCUUUUUAUUUAGCUUGCCUUGACCAAUGUAACGGGAGUAUAGUGCUACUUUACUUUGCGAUCCGGUGACAGGGAGAGUGCCGUCAUCGCCAUCUGCAGCAGAGGAGAACAAAUUAGUCGGCCGGCCCACACAUUCGCAGAGGAACAAAUUUUCCGGAUCCUGCCUUCAUCUGGAGAGGGAAGGGCUGUCGUACCUCGAGGCACUCGGGGGGUUCUUGUGCUCCACGUUCAGGGGGUGCCACACUCUCUCUCCCUCUAUAUACCAGCACCUAGACUUGUUUGAACUUUCCCGCUGAUCUUUUUUGGUUUUCUUCGCACUCUUCCUGAUUGACGAAGGAGGCAGGCAGGCUGGCGAGCGUGCCUCAUGCCUCUCUCCGCGUCUGGUCAGAUCACAGCCAGACAUCCAAGCGCAGGCAAAGACACGUACAGGAAUGGUACCACCUAUGACCUUUAAAUUCUCUUUGGUCACUCCUCUCUGUCACACUGACUGUAACUGAACCUUUUUUAAAUGUUUUUUUUUUUUUUUAAACUGAAUAUUCACCCCAGUAUUCCUUUGCUAGCAGGGUGAUUGUUAACCUGCCAUAUACGGUAGUUUUACUUGUUUCAGGUACAAUAUGUCAAAACUAUCCGGUGUUUAAUUGUUCUUAUUUUAUAUUUACAGUCAGGCAGCGUGUGUUAAAAAUGGCACUUUAAUGUAAUUUUUUUAAUUAUGUUUUAAUUAUAAACCUGCAGUGGUUGACCACUUUUUAAAUGAUUUGUUAGGAUUUUGUCACACUGCAUUGAUCAUCUCUGUUAGAAAUGAGCGCCAGCAUGAAAGUGUAACUUAAGUUCAUAAUGAGUCGAAGUAUAAGGGCCAAUUCAAACAGCUGAAACGGGUCAGUAAAGCCUGUUGCAUUGGAUUUUACUGUUGGUUGACACAUCAAUCUGAGCUGUCAAAGAGCUUCAUUGCAAAGAAAAUACCUGCUUGGAAAAAAAAAUCUGCAUUAAUUCUUAAAGCAACACGGUGUAACUUUUACUGAGCAACAGCGCCACCUGCAGCCACACAGGGGGGGGGGGGGUAUUCUGUUGGGUUCCAUGUCUGAGCGAUUAAGUUGUUUUUAUGUCCCACUAACUGAACUGAAACGCUGAGCGGUGGAUAUUACCCAUGAUCCACAGCUUCCUGAACCAGGAAGUAUUCUUCACAUUUUAACAUUUUCCUUUUUAAUGACUUCUAAGUCUCUUUAACUGAUCAACAGUUCGGGCAAGAACAGACGUUAAGGGUGAGGAGUGGGACUUAAGGUGGCACUAUUCUUUCUAGUCCAAGUUAGUGAACCUUCAGACUAAGCUGCUGUUUUAAGGUGAAAGUUGCAAAGUGUGGUUUUAAAAUGGGAGUUUUCCAAGGACAAAUACAGUUACAGGUUUUGAAAUUGUUUUAACCCACAAAUGUCUUUCUCAACAAAGGUAUCACUGACCUGUUGGCUGUUUUAGUUAAAUGCGGAAUGGUUGAGUAUUCACUGACAACGCGACAAACUGAGCUGUUAUCAUUUAACGUUUACUUUAAGAGUAUUUAUACCUGUCUGUGUUUUGAAUCUGUCGCGAGACCAACACGAGGGAUAAAGCCACGAAAGGCUUUCGUAGUUCAGCGACGUUAUGAGAGCCGACAGUCUCAAGCUACACCCUAUGAAAAGCUUUUGUGUGUGUGUGUGAGAGCUCGCAUUUGGUUUUUAUCGCAACCAUAUAUUCUGUCGUCUGCUAACAACUUUCCUUCCUUUGUUUGUUGUUCGGCAAAGAACGGGAUAGUCCGAGGCAUUUCGUCUUCUCGGCUCCUCAGACCAACACAAUUCACAAUUCAGCGCCCCUUGAACAUCGGAAAAAGGGGACCUCUGGUAUUCUUGAAUAUUUUGGGGGUGAGCGUGAUGGUUAUUUUUAGACCCCCCCACACACACACAUCACGUAUACAACCUUUUAUUUUUCUUAAAAGAACCACCAAAGUCUCGGUUCCAAUUUCCUUGCUGGAUCUGUACUUGUAUGGUCAUGUAUAUGAAGUAAUUUCAUGUACAUUAUUGAUUUGUAUUGAUCUAUCUUUCUGUGGACAGCUGGCAUGAUGUAAAAACUCUAGGUAUUUGCCCACACUCUCUUUGGUGCGCACAUUUUGUGAUGGCAGAAAGACAGGUUGGAAAUACAACAAUUUAAAGUACUUUUUAAACCUGUAGAACAUCGCCGCUCAAUGUUUAGUCCUUGGAAAAUUCUAUGAAAAAACUGUUGAUAUUGUUUUCAAUGUGAUUUCUGAAGCUUGUACGAGACCGUCUGUGUCCGUUUGCUGUGUCGGGUAACCCCAGAAAACACUCUCAGAUCUGGUUAUAGUAUAAAGUGAUGUAUAAUUAUCCUAUCAGAGGUGUAUUUAUAGAGAGCGGAUCUGCCAAAUUUCGUCCAGAUCCUUUUUUAUCCCUGCAGCCAAAAGGACAAGUUGAAAUAUUGCCUUUUCUUCUAAGUGUAGUGUGGGUGUAGUGAAGUUUAGAUCUUUUGCAUAUAUGCAUAAUGAGCAGCGAGCCAGCAACAUGUGAGUGGGAGAUUUAAAAAGUGUAAAUAUUUAUUUAGGAGAAGGGUUUUCGGAUAUGAGCAUUAAAUCUUCAUUAUCUUGUUAUGGCAUUUAACAUAGUUUAGAAACUUUACUAAAACAUGUUCUCACAACAUGGUCACACACUCAAAUUGUUAACCAACGUAAAAAGAAUCUCUUAGUACAAUUGGUAAAACACAUUUAAAUUCAAAAUUUCAAAUUAAAGCUAUCAAUUGUGUUUAUAUAACUUGUUAACCUUAAUUUGAACAAACUUAAAUCCUUUCUGUAGCUGUGCCUCACUGAAGUUGGUGUCUUUUCAGUGUAAUACUUGUGUUGCACAUACUCUACUGUUUAGAGUGAGUUAAAGAACUGUAGGUGGUUGGAGAGUUUACAUUGUAGCAAAAUUAUGCUUUCGUAUUUUUUUUUUUUUUUUUCAAAUGGGAAGGUAGAUGCACAAAAGCAGGUUGGUUAAUGGUCUGAAGUGUUCGGAGCAGUUUAUUGGAGCACGUAGAGCUCGGCACAGUUGGAUUCAGCUCGGGUUUAAAUGUGGCUCAGCUGAGAUUUGAAUGUAAAAGGCUGGAUGAUGCUGGAAAUGUAAAACCCGCAACACUUGCUUGUUCCCCCCCCCGUAAAGACCCUCAUUGAACAUUCCAUUCUGCCCCGAGCUCAAAACUUAACUAAUGCAUCUUCAAUCAACCCCCGAGUCGUGUCUUGAGCUCUAUGUCGAAGAUGUAUUUUAUUUUUGUAAGAAGAGUGGUAUCAUUCGGAGAACGAAGGAAGAAGAGUUGGGAGAGGCGCAGCGGGCAAAAGCUGCCUUUAGACUUUAGGGGAAAAUGAGGGCUUGUCAGUUUACAAUGGCCUUACUUUGUGUAGGAGACAUUGCUUCACUAUUGUAGCACACAACUGAAAGUUUUGACAAAUGUAUUUUGCUUGAACUAUUGUACUGAAGUUAUAUAUCUGUGUAUAUGUAUAGUUUUACGAAUGUAUUUCUUAAUCCUUACACCAGAGCUGAGUAUAAUUUGAAUUGUUUUUCGUCACCUUUCUUUGCUAUACUGUCUCUUCGAAGUCUUUCCAGGGGACGUCACCUGUUUAGGCAGGCCCCUCCCCUUCUUACUCUUAUCCUCUGCGUGUUCAUUUAAAGAGAGCACCUCUGAUGUUGAAAUGAGCAUGACUUAUGUCUUGGCGAAAUGCAUUUCCUAUAUUUAUUUAAAUCGCCACGACGGGUUUCGAGUUAAAAAAAAGAAAAGGGAUUGAUCCCCCCCCCCCCCUGCACCGAUAACUUAUUGACUAAUCUAUCGAUCAGAUGGAGCUGGUUAGAUUUUUGUAUUUUGAACUAGAAAAUGUUUGCCGCAUGGUUCCUCCGAUGAUUUUCUUGUAUUUAAUCUUCCCGAUGGUAUGAUAACGAUGAUUCAUAAUUCAGAUAAUAACAUGUAACACAACCAAAAGGAUGAUGAUGUUAGUUUGACCCAGUAUCACGUUAUUAGAGAAUCCAAAUUUCAUGCAAAACAAAUAUGCUGUAUCUUUAAGUAGCAUGGACUUUAGCCUAGUUCUUCUGGCAAUAACCAUCAGCUGUGGCCCCCUCACUGUUUGCUGGGGGCCCCUCGAAAAUUGUCCUCAGCCGCUUUCUGGUUCCUUGUGGAGCUGGUGAUGUGGUUCCACUGUCGGCUGAUGACAAAGAGGAUAUUCAAUCAAAUUAAAUUUGCAAGCACCGAAGCAAUUCAGACUCAACAGAGCAUGCAAUGCAUUACGAAUAAUAACUUGCUAUUCCUAUGAUAGUCCCCAAGAGCUUCAAUUUAUGUAUUUAUUUUUUCAUUUUUUCGAAUGAAGCAUGCAUUCCAUAUGUCUGUUUACUAAUGUAGCAGGUGUCGCAGAGAACUAAAACAGACAUCACUGCUGAGUUGUGGGGGGAAAUUUGUUCAGCUGAUGAAUACGUCGGGUUUGUCUUCUUCCGCGUCUCUCCAUGUCAGUGAUCACAGCACAAGCUUCCUGAGUAGCCAUUCUGUUCUUUUAGAUGUCUGUCAGAUGACAUGAAGGCCACUGUAGCUUCCCCCUCCCCACUGUCAGGACAACCUUUAUCUUAUCAAGCCCAGCAAAGCACAACAUUGAUAUGGAUCCCCCAACAAGUCACUCUCCGAAGGGUUUUGAUUAUAUUUAAUGCACCGCCAUUAUAUUUCCAAGCACACAAAAAGGAGAUUGAUACCUUGGAAUCCAAUGUAAAGACGAAAGGAAGCGUCAAAAUAUUUGCUGGUGUUGGUAGAAGACUGGUUGUCUUUUCUAAACUGGCCUUAACCUUUCCACCGCGGAGUGUUCACACUACAUUUCAAAGGGUAAAGCGUAGCAGACUGUCUGAGGAGAAGUCGUUGCUGUUUAUGGCAAAGAAGGAAAAAAGGGAGCUGUAAUUUUAUACCUGUGCUUUGUAAAUGUUUUCUAUGUGCAGUAUUUGAUAAUGUAAAACUGGUAUUUUUGUGGUUUGUAUGCUGCAGAAU